AUGUGCGUCCCUGAUGUCCCCAUGGAUAUGACCUCGGAUCCUGUGGAACUGGAGUUUCGUGUAGUUGAAAGCGUCCAUGUGGCUGUUGGAAACCAAACCCAGAGUGGUGGGUAUGAUCUCAACCUCUUUACCAGCCCUCCUGACUACAACUUCCUGUGUUCCGUCUGCCAUGGGGUUCUCAAGAAGCCAAUGAGGUUGCCAUGCAGUCACAUCUUCUGCAAAAAGUGCAUCUUCCAGUGGCUAGCCAGACAAAACUCCUGUCCAUGCUGUAGACAAGAGGUGAAAAGAAGAAAGAUGGUCCAAGUGAAUAAACUCCGGAAAACCAUUGGCCGCCUACAAGUCAAGUGCAAGAACGCUGCAGCUGGCUGCUUGGUGACAUGCCCUCUGGCUCAUCGCAAGAGUCACCAAAACUCAUGCCCCUUUGAGCUGAUGACCUGCCCCAAUGAGGGCUGUACUGCACGGAUUCUGCGUGGGGACCUGGAUGAACACCGCCAGCAUUGCCAGCAGGAUGGCCAGCAACGCUGCCCCUUAGGCUGUGGAGCCACUUUGGCUGCCUCGGAGGGUGAGCAACACAACUGCUACCGUGAGCUCCGUGAUGCUUGGGAACAGCGCCACGAGCGCAACCGGACCCUGCUACUGAGCCUGCUGAGGCGUGUGCGUCGGGUGCACCGCACCACCAACUUCAUCCGCCGGCAGCUGGCACAGCUGGGCGACUUCCUGGAGGAUGAUUCCCUGCUUCUGAGUUCCAGGGCACAGGAAACUGGGGUUGCCCAGGAGGCUGAGAUGUGGGGUGUGCAGGGCCAAGGUGUCUUAUAAAGGAGUUAUAUAGACGCUAAGCCCAGGCCUAGCCCACCUCAUAUCCUGUGUGUGCUGUUCUUUGUUGUCCUUGUCACCUCU